UUUGACUUUCAUUUCAGACCUGUAAAGCUUAUAGAGAUUGUCAAGAAACGUUUUCUUUCCCUUGGCGGGGUUAUCUUUGAGCGUAGAAGUGCCUCCAACAUUUGCAUAUAUGAAGAUGCAGCGGUCAUUCAACUUGUUGAGGAUAACGUCCUGUCAUCCCGUCUCAUCAUUGAUGCAAUGGGGAACUUUUCCCCUGUGGUGAAACAGAUAAGACGCGGUAGGAAGCCCGAUGGUGUAUGCCUUGUUGUUGGAUCUUGUGCUCGUGGUUUUAAGGAUAACUUGACAAGUGAUGUCAUUUGUAGCAGUUCGUCUGUGAAGAAAGUUGGAGAUUCAGAAGUACAAUUAUUCUGGGAGGCAUUUCCAUCUGGCUCUGGUCCCACCGAUCGCACUACUUAUAUGUUCACUUAUAUUGAUCCUCAACUGGGAUCCCCAAAACUGGAAGAACUGUUAGAAGACUAUUGGGAUUUGAUGCCAGAAUAUCAGGGAGUGUCUCUUGACAAUCUGGAGAUACUAAGAGUUGUAUAUGGAAUUUUCCCUACCUAUCGAGACAGUCCAUUGCCAGCUGCUUUUAAUCGAGUCAUACAGUUUGGUGAUGCUAGUGGCAUACAAUCACCUGUUUCAUUUGGUGGUUUUGGGAGUUUGACUCGGCACCUUGGGAGAUUAUCAACAGGAAUAUACGAGGCAAUCAGUGGAGAUUUUGUUGACUCAUACAGCUUGUCCCUACUGAAUCCAUACAUGCCUAACUUAAGCGCUUCAUGGCUAUUUCAACGUGCAAUGUCAGCAAAGCAGCAGUCUAAUAUUUCACCAGAUUUUAUCAAUGAGCUUCUUUAUGUCAAUUUCCAGAGUAUGCAGAGAUUGGGUGAUCCAGUGCUAAGACCAUUUCUUCAGGAUGUUAUAAAGUUUGGGCCUCUUGCCAAGACCUUAGGCCUGGUAAUGCUAAGUAAACCUCAAAUUCUUCCAUCAAUAUUCAAGCAGGUUGGUAUCCCUGUGCUCGUUGACUGGUCUGGACAUUUUUUCAUGCUUGGUUACUAUACGUUUCUAUCAACCUUUGCAGACCCGUUGAUAAGGUCAUUGUUGAGUGCAUUGCCUUCUAGGAUGAAGUAUGAGUGGAAGCGGCAUCUUGAGGCAUGGAAAUAUGGAGCAGGUAUGGAUUACAAACUGUGAGGAGCCAUUUAAAGAUCACUGAAAAACAACAAGAGUAUUAGCUUUCUAUAGUCCUCACUGUCAGAAUCUAAGCAAGAAGGGCAAAAGAAGCAACUUGUGUUGCUGAAGAGUGCCAGAAUAGAAGAAGACGACUCAAUUGA